CCUGGGGCUGAAAAUAAUUUCCGCCAAUUCCAGCCUUUCCCAAAUGUAUUGUUUUUCUCUGAGAAUUCUUUAGCUUGUUUUGUUUUAGCUGCAAGAUUUGUAACACAGUAUUUUUGCUUCAGUCAUAUUGUGCCUGAAGGGAGGAAACAACUGUUAAUUUAUAAGAAUCCGUGUUUCGCAUUGCUCUUCUAGAGUUAAAACACGUUUAGAACAUGGGUAACGCAUUCGACCUUGGCGUUCUUUUAAUGCUGAAAGAUUUCAAAUCCUCCAGAACACAAAAUGGAACACAGUAAGCAGAUUCGAAUUUUACUACUGAACGAAAUGGAAAAGCUGGAAAAGACCCUUUUCAGACUUGAACAAGGGUUUGAACUACAGUUCCGAUUAGGCCCAACUUUACAAGGAAAAGCAGUUACUGUAUAUACAAAUUACCCAUUUCCUGGAGAAAUAUUUAAUCGAGAAAAAUUCCGUUCCCUGGAUUGGGAAAACCCAACGAAAAGAGAAGAUGAUUCUGAUAAAUACUGUAAACUUAAUCUGCAGCAGUCUGGAUCAUUUCAGUAUUACUUCCUUCAAGGAAAUGAGAAGAGUGGUGGAGGUUACAUAGUCGUGGAUCCUAUUUUACGAGUUGGUGCUGAUAAUCACGUGUUACCCUUGGACUGUGUUACUCUCCAGACAUUUUUAGCUAAGUGUUUAGGACCUUUUGAUGAAUGGGAAAGUAGACUUAGGGUUGCAAAAGAAUCAGGGUACAACAUGAUUCACUUCACCCCACUGCAGAAGCUUGGACUAUCUAGGUCAUGCUACUCCCUUGCUGAUCAGUUAGAAUUAAAUCCUGACUUUUCAAGACCUAAUAGAAAGUAUAACUGGCAUGAUGUUGGACAACUAAUGGAAAAACUGAAGAAAGAAUGGAAUGUUCUUUGUAUUACAGAUGUUGUCUACAAUCAUACUGCUGCUAACAGUAAAUGGAUCCAGGAACAUCCAGAAUCUGCAUAUAAUCUUGUGAACUCUCCGCACUUAAAGCCUGCCUGGGUUUUAGACAGAGCAUUCUGGCAUUUCUCCUGUGAGGUUGCAGAAGGGAAAUUCAGAGAAAAGGGAAUCCCUGCUUUGAUUGAAAAUGAUCACCACAUGAAUUGCAUUCGAAAAGUAAUUUGGGAGGAUAUUUAUCCGAAGAUUAAGCUGUGGGAAUUUUUCCAAGUAGAUGAACACAAAGCAGUUGAGGAAUUUAGAAGACUUCUCACACAAGAAAAUAGAAGAGUAACCAAGUCUGAUCCAGAACAACAUCUUAAGAUUAUUCAGGAUUCUGAAUACAGACGGCAUGGCUGUACUGUCGAUAUGAACAUUGCACUGGCAACUUUCAUACCACAUAACAGUGGACCAGCCGCAAUUGAAGAAUGCUGUAAUUGGUUUCAUAAGAGAAUUGAGGAAUUGAAUUCAGAGAAGCAUCAGCUCAUACACUACCAUCAGGAACAGGCAGUUAAUUGCCUUUUGGGAAAUGUGUUUUAUGAACGAAUGGCUGGCCAUGGUCCUAAACUAGGUCCUGUCACUAGAAAGCAUCCCUUAGUUACCAGGUAUUUUACUUUCCCAUUUGAAGAAAUGAGCUUAUCCACAGAAGAAUCUAUGAUGCACAUCCCAAAUAAAGCUUGUUUUUUCAUGGCACAUAAUGGAUGGGUGAUGGGAGAUGAUCCUCUUCGAAACUUUGCUGAACCAGGUUCAGAUGUUUACUUAAGGAGAGAACUUAUAUGCUGGGGAGACAGUGUGAAAUUACGCUAUGGGAAUAAACCAGAAGAUUGUCCUUACCUCUGGGCACACAUGAAAAAAUAUACUGAAAUAACUGCAACUUAUUUCCAGGGUGUACGUCUUGAUAACUGCCACUCAACACCUCUUCAUGUAGCUGAGUACAUGUUGGAUGCUGCUAGGAAAUUACAACCCAAUCUAUAUGUAGUAGCUGAACUAUUCACAGGAAGUGAAGAUCUGGACAAUAUCUUUGUCACUAGACUGGGCAUUAGUUCCUUAAUAAGAGAGGCAAUGAGUGCAUAUAAUAGUCAUGAAGAGGGCAGAUUAGUUUACCGAUAUGGUGGAGAACCUGUUGGAUCCUUUGUUCAGCCCUGUUUGAGGCCUUUAAUGCCAGCCAUCGCACAUGCCCUGUUUAUGGAUAUCACCCAUGAUAAUGAAUGUCCUAUUGUGCAUAGAUCAGCCUAUGAUGCUCUUCCAAGUACCACAGUUGUUUCUAUGGCAUCUUGUGCUAGCGGAAGUACACGAGGCUAUGAUGAAUUAGUGCCUCAUCAGAUAUCAGUUGUUUCUGAAGAACGGUUUUACACUAAGUGGAAUCCUGGAGCAUUGCCAUCAAAUAUGGGUGAUGUUAAUUUCCAAAGUGGAAUUAUUGCAGCCAGGUGUGCUAUUAAUAAACUUCAUCAAGAGCUUGGAGCCAAGGGUUUUAUUCAGGUAUAUGUAGAUCAAGUUGAUGAAGACAUAGUGGCAGUAACAAGACAUUCACCUAGUAUUCAUCAGUCUGUUGUGGCUGUAUCUAGAACUGCUUUCAGAAAUCCCAAAACUUCAUUUUACAGCAAGGAAGUGCCUCAAAUGUGCAUCCCUGGCAAAAUUGAAGAAGUUGUUCUUGAAGCUAGAACCAUUGAGAGAAGUACACAACCUUAUAGAAAGGAUGAGCAUUCAAUCAAUGGAAUGCCAAAUAUCACAGUAGAAAUUAGAGAACAUAUUCAGCUCAAUGAAAGUAAAAUUGUUAAACAAGCUGGAAUUGCCACAAAGGGGCCCAAUGAAUAUAUUCAAGAAAUAGAAUUUGAAAACUUGUCUCCAGGAAGUGUUAUUAUAUUCAGAGUUAGUCUUGAUCCACAUGCACAAGUUGCUGUUGGAAUUCUUCGGAACCACCUGACACAGUUUAGUCCUCACUUUAAAUCUGGGAGCCUUCCUGUUGUCAACUCAGAUCCUAUUUUAAAAAUCCCAUUUGCUUCUAUUGCCUCUCAAUUAACUUUGGCUGAGCUAAAUCAAAUACUUUACCGAUGUGAAUCAGAAGAACAAGAAGAUGGGGGAGGUUGUUAUAACAUACCAAACUGGUCAUCCCUUAAAUACGCAGGUCUUCAAGGAUUAAUGUCCAUAUUGGCAGAAAUAAGACCAAAGAAUGACUUGGGACAUCCUUUUUGUGAUAAUUUGAGAUCUGGAGAUUGGAUGAUUGACUAUGUCAGUGGCCGGCUUAUUUCACGAUCAGGAACUAUUGCUGAAGUUGGCAUAUGGUUGCAGGCUAUGUUCUUCUACCUGAAGCAGAUUCCACGUUAUCUUAUCCCAUGUUAUUUUGAUGCUAUAUUAAUUGGUGUGUACACCACUCUUCUGGAUAUAGCAUGGAAGCACAUGUCAAGCUUUGUUCAAAAUGGUUCAACAUUUGUGAAACACCUUUCAUUGGGUUCAGUCCAAAUGUGUGGAGUAGGAAAAUUCCCUUGUCUACCACGUCUUUCACCUUCACUUCUGGAUGUACCAUAUAGGCUAAACGAGAUCACAAAAGAAAAGGAACAGUGCUGUGCUUCUCUGGCUGCAGGCUUACCUCAUUUUUCUGCUGGUCUUUUCCGCUGUUGGGGAAGGGAUACUUUUAUUGCACUUAGAGGUCUUUUGCUGGUUACUGGACGCUAUUUAGAGGCCAGGAAUAUUAUUUUAGCAUUUGCUGGCACUCUGAGGCAUGGUCUCAUUCCCAAUCUCCUCGGUGAAGGGAUUUAUGCCAGGUACAAUUGCCGGGAUGCUGUGUGGUGGUGGCUGCAGUGUAUUCAGGAUUACUGUAAAAUCGUCCCAAACGGACUAGAUAUUCUCAAGUGCCCAGUUUCCAGGAUGUACCCAACAGAUGAUUCUGCUCCUUUGCCUGCUGGUAUUCUGGAUCAACCAUUGUUUGAAGUGAUACAGGAAGCUAUGCAAAGACAUAUGCAGGGCAUACAGUUCCAAGAAAGAAAUGCUGGUUCACAGAUAGAUCGAAACAUGAAGGACGAAGGUUUUAAUAUAACUGCAGGGAUUGAUGAAGAAACAGGGUUUGUUUAUGGCGGAAAUCGCUUCAAUUGUGGCACAUGGAUGGAUAAAAUGGGAGAAAGUGAUAGAGCUAGAAACAGAGGAAUUCCAGCCACUCCAAGAGAUGGGUCUGCUGUGGAAAUUGUAGGCCUUUGUAAAUCUGCUGUUCGCUGGUUGCUGGAAUUAUCAAAAAAACAUAUUUUCCCUUAUCAUGAAGUUAGAAUAAAAAGGCAUGGGAAGGUUGUAGCAGUCUCAUAUGAUGAAUGGAACAGGAAAAUACAAGACAAUUUUGAAAAGCUGUUUCAUGUUUCAGAAGACCCUUCAGAUCCAAAUGAGAAGCAUCCGAAUUUAGUUCACAAACGGGGCAUAUACAAAGAUAGUUACGGAGCUUCAAGUCCUUGGUGUGACUACCAGCUCAGGCCUAACUUUACCAUAGCAAUGGUUGUGGCACCUGAGCUCUUUACUGCAGAAAAAGCAUGGAAAGCUUUGGAGAUUGCAGAAAAAAAAUUGCUGGGUCCCCUAGGCAUGAAAACCUUAGAUCCAGAUGAUAUGGUUUACUGUGGAAUUUAUGACAAUGCCUUAGACAAUGACAACUACAAUCUUGCUAGAGGUUUCAAUUAUCAUCAAGGACCCGAAUGGCUAUGGCCUGUUGGAUAUUUUCUUCGUGCAAAAUUACAUUUUUCCAAAUUGAUGGGUCCAGAGACUACUACAAAGACUGUAUUUUUGGUUAAAAAUGUUCUUUCCCGACAUUAUGUUCAUCUUGAGAGAUCCCAUUGGAAAGGUCUUCCAGAACUGACCAAUGAAAAUGGCCAAUGCUGUCCUUUCAGCUGUGAGACACAAGCCUGGUCAAUUGCUACUGUUCUUGAAACACUUUAUGAUUUGUAGUUGAUUCAUAACUAUUAAUUUAAUAAGUAUGCAACCAUUUAUAUUAUGGAAUACAAGGUGAUAGUAUAAUGUAAAUGCCUUAUAUGCACAGGCUGAAGUCAUUUCAGAAAUUGUGUUUAUAUAAUACUGAUGCCCAAUUAAGUAAUACUGUUAAAAGCAUUGAUUUUUUUUCCUUUCUGUUUUUUGUUUGUGUUUGUUGCAGUGCUGGGAUUCAAACCCAGGACUGUGCAUGCUAGGCGAGUGCUAUAUCACUGAACUAUAUCCCUAGCCCUCUCUUUCUUUUUUAAUGUACAAAGAUAGCUUAUAAUUUGAAUCAGAAAGAAAAAUUAUCAUUACCAAUGGAAUUUUUUCUUUUUAGUAAGUGUUCUUCAAAUGUGUGAAAAUCUCAGAGUUACAAAAAGAAAAACUAUGUAGCCUUCAACUUGCACAUGAGUGAAAGUAAAAUAGGAAAAUGGAAAAAUGGAAAAGGAACUUUAAAUUGUGGUAUGUAUUAUCUUCAGGAUCGAUACAUAUUGAAUGCAUUGUGGUUCUCAUCAUUCAUUAUAGCAUUCUUAAUACCUUGCACAAUAUAGUCAAUACAUAUUUUAUAAAUAUUUCUUAAAUAUAGAAUGAAAGAAGUUUCCACCUAGAAUAUAUGCUCAUGCUCACAAAUGGAAUACAGACAUUUGGAAUGUGUUUUUAUUUUGUUCUCUGAUAUAUUAAUAUGUUUUUAAGAGACUGAAUGCAAACAGUAUAUUUAACAUAAUUUAUUUGUGCUAAUGAUUUUAUAAAAUAUAUGGAGGGAAUAUAGCAUUAUGAAAUUUAUUUCUUAAAAACAAUUUUGUAAAAUCAAUGUUGAGUUACAAUUUCCUAUUGUGAGAUUGUUUGCAUUUUCAAAAUGGAAAUUGUUGGUUACUUUGAGAACUUUAAAGAAAAAAUAUGUUUUAUUAAUUUUCUAAAACUUGAUAACUAACUUUAUUUGGUAUGCAAGAAUCUACUCAUGUAGAUACUGAUUUUCUGUUAACAAAAACCUACAUUGACAAGUUCAGUGUUGAGAACAAUCUUAAUGUAAUAAUGUUACAGAUAUGAAUUCUGUAGUUAUUUUUAAUUCAACAAAAUAAUUUGCAAAGUAUGUUAGGAUACCUUAAAUCUGAAAAAUGAUAAAAGGAAAAAGAUUAUUAACAUUUCUGAGUUGACUUUUUUUUAAUAGUACUUUUUUCUUGGAAUUGUUUUUACUCUUUUUCUCAAGAAAGCAAAUAAGAUCAUUAUAACUUCUUUUGGAAGGUAGUUGUAAAAUGGAAAGUAGUUGUAAAAAUUCUUUCAUUACACCAGCAUGGGGCACAUUCCUUUAAUCCCACGUACUUCUAAGGCUGAGGCAGGAGGAUCACAGGUUUGAUUAGUGAGACCCUGUCUCAGAAAUAACAUUAAAAGGGUCGGGUAAGUAGUUCAGUGGUAGAGUGCUUAUCUAGCAUGCAUAAGGCCCUGGAUUCAUUCCUCAGUAUCAUAAAAUAAGUAAAAUACAUACAUACUAUUUAAUUAUUCAGGGGGAGAUUACAUAUAUAAUAUAUAUUAAUAUAUAUAAUUAAUGAGGUAAUGAUAUAGUACCACUUUUCUCAGAGAUCACAUACCUCCAUUGUGACUGAGAAAUAAAGAAAAAUAUGCAAACUAAAACUCCUGUGUGCCAAAAAUUUAUAAAUACAUCUAAUUUCAAAUAUUCAUGCUUCAGAGUUCCUGCAAUUUACUUUAAAAUUAGCUGCCUGCCCUUAUUCAAAGCAGACCCUGCUUUAUAAGUAGUUUUAUCUUAGUUUCAUGGAUUCCCAACCUAGGGCAGAUUAAGUCUUGCAGAUUCAAGGACAGUUGUGGUAGUAAUCUGACAGACAUCUGGAAACAGAUUUCCAGAUUGCUCUUCCUUCUUCAGAUCCUUCCUUUAUCAAUAUAUAACCUCUCCUAACCUUUGCCAGUAAAAGGAAUGACCUUUCUUGAAGGAACUGUUAUUUCAUCAAAGGUUUAUGUAGUUAUAUUGCUCUCCCCUAACUUUUAUAUUACAGGGGUAAGAAAAAUAACAGAGAGCCAGGGAUGUAGCUCAGCGGCACGAGGUAAGCACGAGGUCCUGAGUUCAAUUCCCAGUACAAAACAAGAAAUAAAUAAAUAACAGAAAACAUAUUUAACCAAAUCAAGAAAUAAUAGCUGACAGUUAAAUGUGACAAAAUAAAUGAGUUGAUAAUUUUAAAAAUAAUAGCCAUAUUAGGUUAUUUACAAUAGGUCAAAUACCCACCCACCUUGGUAAAUCUUUAGGAUAUUGUGCUCCUAACAAAGAAUAUUGAUGAAAGAACAUUAUUAUAAUCUGCAUGGUCUAUUUUAAAGUUUAAGAAGGCAUGUUAUACAUUAUUCUAUCACCAGUAGUUAAAGUAACAGUUUAGACUUUAGAAAGGUAAAUGCCAUUUGACUAAAGAAUGUUGAGGUAGAAUGCUUCACUCCCGAGUGCUGAUGACAAGGUGUUUUUUUAUUAUAUUACAUUUCAACAAUGGUCUGUGCCUUGGUUUAUUACUAAUCUAAAUCAAUUCUGCUUUUCAAAAUGAGCGGUAAACUUGCUAGUUUAACCAGUAGGCUGUGAUAUUUUAGUAAGUGUUCGCAAAGAUAACUGAGGAACAUGAGACCUGUAUGUUUAUAAAUAUUGUAACAUGUGAAUUAUAAUGCAUUUCUGAUGUGUCUUAAAUUGUUUUAUCUAGUGAGCAGAUGUCGUUUAUAUGUCUGUGUCAAAAAAAAAUAAAAAUCUUCUCUAAAGGAC